UGAUUUCUUUUUAGAACUUUUAGUUUUAUUUUAUCGAAUGAUAAUCAUCUAGAUGCUGUACUUUAUUUAUUUUGUAUAGAAAAAUUACAAAUUGUUUGUAUUUCAAGCAAUAUUUAGUGAAGAUAAAUCCGGAAAUUUGAAAAGAGAGUGUAAUAUAGUAGUGAUACAAUACAUGGAAGCCGUAUGGUAGCAAUAACAUGUCGCUUGCCUGGAAUCCUUCGAAGAAAAACAGUGAACAUGAAAGAUGGAUAUGUAUCUAUCCAAUAUAUUUAAACAACAAGAGAAGCUUGGCAAAUGGACGAAAGCUGGCCAAGGAUAAGUGUGUAGAAAAUCCAACGCAUCAGGAAAUACGGGAUGUCUUGUUGGCAGCGGGUCUCAAUGUAGGCGUCGAGAAUAAGCUGCAUCCGAAAGAACGUAGCAAGGAACCUCUGUUCCGUGGUCGUAUUCGCGUGCAGCUGAAAAACGACGAUGGAACACCGGUAAAAUCCGAGUUUCCCACUAGAGAUUCCCUGCUGGAGUACGUCGGUACCUCAAUUUCAAAGCUGAAGACUCGUCAGGGUAAGCAGAGCUCUAGUGAGCAAGCAUCGCAGCCAUCUACGUCGACUUCAAAAAAAGGGAAAGGCAAAGGAAGGAGAUAAAGAAGAGGAGAUGGAACUGUUAAAAGUGAAUUUUUAUUUAUAUUUAUAUAUUUUAUAUUAUACAAAACGUUUGAAUAUAUAUGCUCAUUCUUAAA